CAGCCAUGGCGGACCCGGGCCCCAGCCCGGCCGUGCCCGUGUGGCUGUCCGAGGACGACCUGGGCUGCAUCAUCUGUCACGGGCUGCUGUCCUGGCCCGUGACGCUGCCCUGCGGCCACAGCUUUUGCCGCCACUGCCUUACGCACCUGUGGGACUCGCGCGACGCGCGGCGCCGCUGGGCCUGCCCCACCUGCCGCGAGGGCGCGGCGCAGCCGCCGCGGCUCCGGAAGAACACGCUGCUGCAGGACCUGGCCGACAAGUACAGCCGCGCGGCGCGGGAGCCGGACGCGGACCCCGCACCCGCCGCCCGCGCCGCCCCGCCGCGGGUGGCGAUACCAAAGAACCUCACAGAAGUGGGUGAGGAGCUGACGGGACUGGUGGAGCAGCUGGUGGACAUCGUCAGGAGCCUCCAAAGUCAGAGAUGUCCCCUGGAACCUGGACCAGACGGGGGACUGAGUGCGGAGGGCGCGGCUUUUUCUUCUGGGGUAGACCUUUCCUUGGCUGCUCCAAAGCACGUGACUUCCAGUGCAUCUGAAGGGAAAAUGGGAGACGUUCUUCGCGGCCUGGAAGAAAUUCAGGAGAAAUUACGAGAAAGCUUCACGUGGAAAGAGGCUCCUGAAGAGCAUACACGAGUGGAAGUCCCAGAAGCUCCGUCUACCUCCGCGUGCCCCCUGCCUAACCAGAACUGCCCUGCACCCAAGAGGGCCUCUCGGUUUGCUCAGUGGGCCAUCAGCCCGACCUUUGACCUGAGGAGCGUCUCCCACAGCCUGUGGGUGUCUGAGGACCAGCGGACGGUGACAGUGUCUCACCACCCACAGUCCUACCCCUGGAGUCGUGAGAGGUUUUCCAUCAGCCAGGUCUUUUGCUCCCAGGCCCUCUCUUCCGGGCGGCAGUACUGGGAGGUGGACACCAAGUCUUGCAGCCACUGGGCAGUUGGGGUGGCUUCCUGGGGGAUGAGCCGUGACCGGAUCCUGGGAAGGACCACAGACUCUUGGUGUGUAGAGUGGAAGGGGACUGGCCAGCUGGCUGCGUGGAGCAUGGACAAGCAAACUCUCCUGGACUCAGACAGACCUGGGGUGGUGGGCGUCUGGUUAGACCUCGAGGAGGGGACGCUCGCCUUCUAUUCAGUGGCCAGUGAGGAGACGCUGCUGUAUGAGUGUGAAGUCUCUGCCUCUUCUCCCCUGCACCCUGCCUUCUGGCUGUAUGGCUUACGUCCUGGGAAUUCCCUAACCAUCGAGCAGGGGAAGCUCUAAACGUCCCUUGGUGGUUACAACACAGUGGUUUCUGGUCUUCUUGCCUUCAAGCGGGGCGGCAACUUAACUUAAGAAUCCCACGUUCAGGGUGGUCAUUGUGGUGUAGUGGAUUAGGCUGCCACUUGGAAUGCCCACGUGUAUCCUAUAUUGGAGUACCUGGGUUCAAGUCCCACUUUUGCUUCCAAUCCAGCUCCCUGCUAAUGCAAAUCCUGGAAACAGCAAAUGAUGGCUCAGGUACUUGGGUCUCUGCCACCCAUGUGGGAGACCUGGAUGGAGUUUCUGGCUCCUGGAUUCCAUCUAGCCUAGCCCUGGAUGCUAUGGGCAUUUGGGUAGUACGCCAGCCAAUAGAAAAUCUCUCCUUUCUCUCUCCCCUCUGUCCCUUUGUCAUUAAAAUAAAUGAAAAUAAAUAAAUAAGCUUUAAGAAAGAAUCCUAUUUGAGGGGCAGGCAUUUGGCACAGUUGUUAAGAUGGGGCUUGGGAUACCUGCAUCCCUUACCAGAGUGCCUGGCUCAAGUCCUGGUUCUACCUCGCAUCUAACUUCCUGCUAAUGCACUCCCUGGGAGGCAGCAAGUGAUGGUCACGUGGUUGAAUCCCUGCCACUGGCUUCUGUGUGGCCCAGCCCUGGCUGUUGCAGGAAUUUGGGGAGUGAACUGUGGAUAGAAAAUCUCUCUUUCAAAUAAAAUGGAAAAAAUGUCCCACUUUCGAACUUAAUCCUUUUGUGUGGUACAAGAUUAAAUGAGCAGGGUUGGGGGUGCUUGAACCCUGGUGUUCCAGUGAGCGAUUUGUCCCCGCUGACUCCUGGGGGACAACCUGUAGGCCUGGGAGUGUCCUGCCUGAAAGAGUGUUCACCGGAGGGCCCUGGGCCGUGCCGUAUCAGCCUGACCUCAGUCAGCCAGGUGGGUGGUACGACACGCUUGAAGCCCUGGACACCAGGCAUGGCCUUGCCUCUCUGGCUGACAGUGCUCCAUGCAUGUCACCACGCAUCCCUGGAGAAGUAAGCGCUGUCCUGUGAUGCCACUGGGACAGGACAGUUGCUAGUUCUUCUAAAGCCUACCCUCAGCACCUUCUUCCAUUGCUGAUUUUAUUCUGUGGCCGUUCACUGUAAUAAACUAAGCAUGAGUUUAACAGCUCGGCUGGGGUCUGUGCCUCCUUCUAGUGAACUGUGGAACGUGAGGGUGGUCUUAGGGACACCCUGGACAUAAGGGGGAUGUGUUACUUACCAGUUGUUGGGCAGUAAUAAUACCUGAAAUUUAGUGAUGUGAAACCAUGCACGUUGAUCACCUCACAGUGAACUAACUGAACUAACUGAUCGUUCAGUUAGGUGAUCUCAGGACCAGGGCAGAGCCGAGCCCAGGCUUCUGCAUCAGAGUCUCAGAAAUUGCAGGGAGAGCAUCCACUGAGACCCCGGUGGCAUCAAGACUCGCCUGGGAAGGAUCUGCUUCCCCACUGCCAUGGUCGGUGCAGAGUUCAGUUCCUGUGGGUUGUUGCACAGAAUACCUCCGUUUCUUCCUGGCUCUUGGCUGGAGGCCACUCUCAGCUCCUUGCCCCAUGGGCCUUUGCAACAUGUCUGCUCGCUUCCUAGAAGCCAACAAGAGAGAGUCUUCUAGCAGGAUGACACAAAAUCUUACACAACAUAAUCAAAUGCACACAUAAUCACAUACAUUGCAUUGCUCUGGCUUUAUCGUGUUGGUUAAAAGCAAGUCCCAGGUCCAACCCACAUUCAAGGGGAGGGGAUUACACAGCAUGCGAAUCCUGAAUACCAGGAGGCCAGGUUCACACGGGCCACCUUAUGGGCUAUCUGGCUAAGGGUAUCAUUUCCUACUUGAUAUCCCCUUUUAUAAAUAAAAAUUGUAUUUUAAUAAAACAAGUACAUAAGGCCGUACUAACCACACCCAUGUGCAGCUUAAUGAGUUAUUGCAAGAUCAAUACCUUGUAAGGGUUAUAAUAAGUGACUACCAUUCUGGUGAUAAAAUCUGCUCUCCAGCCCCUGAGCUCCUUCAGGUGCCCCAUUCCAAUGACAAACCCAUUCUUCCCCCUAAAGGAAUUCUGAGUUUCAUACUUUCCUUUAGAGUUUGUUUUUUUUUUUUUUUUUAAGAUGUAUUUUAUUUAUUUGAAAGACAGCGUUACAGAGAGAGGUAGAGACAGAGAGGUCUUCCAUCCAAUGGUUCAUUCCCCAGAUGGUUGCAAUGGCCGGAGCUGUGCCGAUCCAAAGCCAGGAGCCAGGAGCUUCUUCUGGGUCUCCCACAUGGGUGCAGGGGCCCAAGGACUUGGACCAUCUUCCACUGAUUUCGCAGGCCAUAGCAGAGAGUUGGAUUGAAAGUGGAGCAGCUGGGACUAGAACCCGACGCCCAUAUGGGAUGCCGGCGCUUCAGGCCAGGGCGUUAACCUGCUGCACCACAGUGCCGGGGGCCCCCUUUAGAGUUUUAACACCUAUAUAUGAAUCCAGGACUACAGUGGUUUGUUUAGUCUUUCUUGUUUUUUAAAAAAUUGAUUUGCUAUUUUUAAAGCAUCUUUGUUGAUAUAUAAUUUACAUACUAUAAAAUCCAGCAGUUCAAAGUACACAAAUCGGGACUGGCAUAGGGCACAGUGUUUAAUACGCCACUUUACUUGCUUAUAGCCCACAUUGAAGUGCCUGAGUUGGAGUCUUGGCUCUGCCUGGGGUUCUAGCUUCCUGCUGAUGUGCGCCCUGGGAAGCAGCAGUUGAUGGCCAGUUAUUUGGGUCCCUGCCACCCACAAGGGAAUCCUUGAUGGAGUUCCUGGUUCCUGGCAUUGGCCUGGUCCAGCCUCAGCCAUUGUGGACUCUCUCUCUCUGUCUCUAGCUCUUUGCCUUUCAAAUAAAUGAUAAAUAAAUGAAAACUUAAAAAAGUAAAAUUUUUAGUAUCCUUUCAGUGGAACCAUCGCUGUAAUCUAGUUUUAGAACAUUUUCAUCAUGGCAGAAAACCCUUAUACCCAUUCUUAGCUGAUAUGACUUUCUGGGCUCCUGAUCUAUAUGUCUACCUCUCCCUCGCUUUUCCUUAUAAUUUUUAAAAAAGAUUUAUUUAUUUGAAAGUCAAUAACAGAGACAGAGGGAAAGAGAUAUCUUCCAUCUGCUGGUACAUUCCCCAAAUGGUCGCAACAGCCAGGGCUGGGCCAGGUCGAAGCCAGGACCUAGGAGCCAGGAGCUUCUUCCAGGCCUCUCACACGGGUGCAGGGGCCCAUGCAGUUGGGCCAUCUUCCACUGCUUUCCCAGACCAUUACAGGAAGCUGGAUCAGAAGCGGAGCAGCCAGGACUUGAACUGGUGUCUGUAUGGGAUGUCGGCACUGCAGGCAGCAGCUUUACCCACCAUACCACAGCGACGGCCCCUUUUCCUGAUAAUUUAUCCAUAGAAAGCCCCAGGCUGGAGUAGCACCUUCCUGUGUUGAAGAUGUGGCAGCUCAGCUCUCUUGGACGGGAUUGACCAGAAAGCCUUAUCCCACAAGCCAGCCAGGCAUCAUGGACAGUAUGUUUCAUCUCUCUCUGCAUCUUUUCCCCCAUGAAAUGGAGGUCAGUAUGCAUUAUUUGCCCUUCCUUGCCUCCUCACGGCGCAACUGAAAGCAUUAAAUAACCAGGUGUGGACAAGGGUGAUGGUAGCCACAGCAAUAGUGAGCCACCCCGCACCCUGGCCUCUCACAUCUAGAGACUCACACCUAUGCUUAUCCUUGAAGGCGGAGUCAGCAGCUUCCUUCCACGUGGUCUGCUGGCUUUGACCCUCACGCCGCCCUGCACCUGGCUCUCUGGGCCUUACUAUCUUCCUGCUGACAUACAGAAGUAGAAACCCAGAUAGAGUCAGCUGGUGAUGGCAGAGCUGGGACGGGCCCAGAGUUCCUGCUCUUCGGUUGCUAACAUUGUCCUCUGAUAAAGUCCCAUGCAGAGACCAGAACCUGACCUUCCCUUCUGAUGGGACGCAGCUAAACGUGAGGUCAGGAGGCACUCUUUUUCUUUCUGAUUGGUGGCAGUUGUCUGAGGUUAGUGUAAGUGGCCUUGGAGUGUGGAAGCCUGAACAGGUGCCAGAUGACCAUGAAAAGGCUUUCUGCCCUCACUUAGAGCGGUGUGAGCCCAGAAUCCUCUGGGUCAUCUUGAUGUUUGCUUUUCGCGCCAAGAUUUAGAAAGCAGAGGCCAGGGUCUUAGCCUCUUGGUGGAUAAAGACCGUCCCCUGGGGCAGGUGGGAUAAUGGGGCUUCUGUGAGGGUGGGGCUUAUCUGCAGGCCAUGUGAUCUCCCCUGCCCUGGAGCCAAAGCAGGAGAACCAGAAUCACCUUGGUUCCCUGGCCCCUGGCUCACGGUUCCUGUUGGCACAGCCUUUGCAGUUCAUUGUCCAUUCCUCAGACCACACACAACAGGAGGCAGCCCGGAGGACACUCACCUGGCUCUGCAACAAAUGCGUGGGGAAAUCAUCCACCCACAGACCAAGCUGGAAAGACUUUCCCUGGGAACCGCCCUGUCCAUCCAGGCUCCACAGAACACCACAAACGGGGUGGCUUCUAAACACCAGGAAUUUAGUUCCCGCCCUUCCCAGAUCAAAGCAAGACGGAUUUGAUGCGUAGGGAGGGAGGCACCAAUACCACUGUGACGGCUGCACCCCCACGACCUAAGCACCUCUCAGAGGCCCCAGCCCCUCCUUCACGUUCAGGGUUAGGCUUUCAGGAUAUGGCUCUGGGGAGGGGGCACGCUAUGGCAGGGACACAAGGGCUCCUGGGGAGAGUGCCAGAGAUUCCUGGGGCAGCUUCUCACCCCAUCUGGGGAUAUUUCUGUCAAAACGUUUGUUUGUUUUCCUAAGGGUUGGGGAAGAUUGGAGUAGCCGGGUCAGUGAUGUGGCCUGCCUCUGUUUGUCUCCCUCUCUCUUCCCCUCUGCCUCACAUACUCACCCCUGGUGAGGCAGCUACUGGAAGGCACUGUUGUGCCCAUCACUGGGGUCCAGGGCUCAGGGCUCCUGGAAGAACCACCUACUCAGCGGGAAGCCACUACCUUGUUGGGGUCCAGGCAACCACCAGUGCAGUUCUGUCCACUUGUUUCUUGUGUCUCCUUGGAAACCAGGUUUAAUUUGAAGACUUCGUUUCCUAGCUGAUUUCAGAAACUACAAAAUCAAACAGGGCUACUCUCUUGGGAGACCUCUCAGGUCCUUUUGUCCUUGUCAAGGGAGAAGUCCCUUUCCCAGGAGCUCUAGGGCUUUGCACAGGAAAGGGGGAAUCUUCCUUGACAUACGCCCAGCUCCCUCCUUCCUGAUUCCUGCCGAGCCCUCAGCCCCAAGCCCCACAUUCAUCCUCAUUCAUGAUCUCCCAAACCCACUUCAGUGUGUGAUCCCAGCACAGGCUGCAGAACUCCUCUACAACUGUAUUGACGUCGAGCUGAAGAUGUGCUUUCUGGAUUCACCUUCCUAACCAGCCAUGUGUGCUUGUUUUUAGUACUACUGCAUUGCCCAGGCUCUAGCCCUCCACGUGCCACCUGCACGCUUCUCACAUCUGUACAUCUCCUGUUCCACUUUUUAAAAAAAGAUUUACUUAUAUAUUUGAAAGGCAGAGUUGCAGAGAAGGAGGGGAGGAGAGGAGAGGAGAGCAGAGCAGAGGAGAGGAGAGCAGAGAGGAGAGCAGAGGAGAGGAGAGAGAAAGAGAAAGCUUCCAUCCACUGGUUCACUCCCCAAACGGCCACAACAGUCAGGGCUGGGCCAGGCUGAGCCAGGGACCAGGACCUCCAUCCACAUCUUCCAUGUAGGUGGCAGAGGUCCAAGCACUUGGGCCAUCUUCCACUGCUUUCCCAGGUGCAUUAGCAAGGAGCUGGAUCAAAGCAGAGCAGCCGGGACUCGAACCGGCACCUAUAUGGGAGGCCGGCAUUGCAGGUGGCAACCUGACCUGCUGUGCCACAAUGUCAACUCCUCCUGUUCCAUAUUUUACUUACUAUUUUCCCCCUAAAACUACUCAACCCCUCACCUGGUGAAAUACACUUAUUUCUAGGAUGCUGGCACUGUGGUGUAGCAGUUUAAGGCCCGGCCUGAACUCCGGCAUCCCAUAUGGGCGCCGGUUCUAGUCCCGGCUGCUUCUCUUCCGAUCUAGCU